AUAUGUCCAAGAAAAAGGGUCUGAAUUUUGAAGAGAAGAGGGCCCGCAUGAUGGAGAUCUUUUUUGAAACAAAAGAUGUCUUUCAGUUGAAGGAUCUAGAGAAGAUUGCUCCAAAAGAAAAAGGGAUUACCUCGAUGUCAGUGAAAGAGAUACUGCAAAGCCUUGUUGAUGAUGGCAUGGUGGACACUGAUAGAAUUGGAACUUCCAAUUAUUUCUGGGCUUUUCCCAGUAAAGCUCUUCAUGCCAGGAAGCGUAAAUUGGACGAGUUAGAGUCUCAGUUUGCUGAAAGCAGUCAGAAAAAAGAGGCUUUACAAAAAAGCAUUGAGAAAUCAAAAAUUGGACGUGAAGAUACUGCGGAACGUGCAGCUCUGCUGAAGGAACUUGCUGCCCUUCGGCAGAAAAAAGAGCAACUCAAGACAGAAAUAGAGAAAUACAGGGAAUGUGAUCCAGAUGUGGUUGAAGAGAUGCGCCAAACAAACCAAGUGGCCAAGGAGGCAGCCAACAGAUGGACUGAUAACAUCUUUUCAGUAAAGUCCUGGGCCAAGCGUAAAUUUGGAUUUGAAGAGAGCAGAAUAGAUAAAUGUUUUGGAAUCCCAGAAGAUUUGGAUUACAUUGAUUAGUGUUCAGUUGAUGGCUGACACAGUUGUACAUAGUUCAUUAUAUAUUCAUAGCUGUCAUUAAAAUGUGAAUACUCUCCAAACAGGUGACCCCCCCCCCCCCUUUAAUGUGCUGGUUUUGUUAAUGUUAAUAAAAUACUAAAAAUAUUUAUUGCAGGUUUUUUUUUUUCUUGUACUCUGUAGAUAGUAAAUCUCUUGGUUUCUUCUGAGACAGACUCAGCAUGGACAGAGGUUAUAGCAAAAAAUUAUUACAGAAUUUUGAGACUGGUUUUAACUCUUCCUUUGUUUAACUGGGAGUAGUACAUACUAAGAGGUAGAAGCUCCAGGGGUUUAUGUUCAAGCAUGUUGAAGGCUUUGGAGUGGGAAUAGCAGGGAACAAUAUGGAAUAGGAUUAAUUUUUCCCUCAUCUCACCAAUGACAUAGAAAACAGGCAUAAUCCAUUAAUAGAAAACAGUGAGACAGUAAGGAGGUGAGUAGAAAGGCUGAGGUCUGGUUUUAGGUAAUUUUUUGUGUUGCUAGAACUGCUUGUAAUUUUAGUGAAAAAAUUAUAUUUGUUGUUGGAAAAUACUAGUUCAACAGAGUGAAAUCUGUUCCAGAAAAUAUAUUGGAUUGACACUGAGAAAGCUGAUCUAGUCAAGAGUGUGUCUUGCAUAGAAGGGGAGCAAAGAGUACCCAUCCCUUCACACAACUGUGCAUCAAGAUUUAGGAUGUUUAUCUGGGAUGUGAGACACUGAAUUCAAUUUACUGUUAAAAACUGAGCAUUUUUGGGUUUAUGCACAUUUUUCAAUUUCAGGUUAAAAGCACAGCCAGCCAAAAUAAUAACAGAUUAUGAGUGCCUCAUUCUUCUUUGGUGAAAUUUCUGAAGCACCUCACAUUGUAUCAGCUUCUGGUUUCUAGUUCUGAUCAGUGCAUGGCUACAGCAAGAGAGGAGGACAGUGGAGACUGGUGUUGAUCUUCCACAGCUGUUGAUUGCAAGAUGGCAUUUCUGCUGUAGAACUCUGGGGUAUUUAAGCUUUACCUUUAGGAUGCAGGUGGGCCUGCUGCAAGCUAUCACUGAAAAG